UCCUCCAUGUGGAUGAGUUGGAGAUAAUGAUGUUGUUGACAUGACAAGUAUUAAUAUUUUCACUAUUUCCGCAGUUGUUCUGCAUGUUUUUAAAUAUUUAAUCGAUGAUCAAGAAUCAUAGAUUGAAAACUUUGCAUGAAGCGAUUUCAAUACAAUCAUUUCAGAAUGUAGUUUGCUUGUCUUGCUUCUUGUUUGCGCUGCAGUGAUGGCCAAUUUGAAUGCAGAUUUAAAGUCGUACCUGUCGGGCUCAAAGAACGGAUCGUCAGGGGAAACCAGCAGCUUUGCGACAUCAGGGAAACGGACGCUAGACACCGUGACAAACUGGUGGUCAGGCGCCCGGGGGAGUGGUGGUGGAAAUGGGGGCGAAGGGGAGAAGAUGUUAGGGGGUGACUUGGCCAGUAAGCCGGCCGAGGAGGAUGGAAAUGGCUGGUUCAACCAGGCGCAGAAGGAUCCUUUCUGCCCAACUCUGAGUAAACGACAGAGAAUCUUGGGUUUCAUGUCCUUUAUCGUCGCUGGAGCCAUCUGCUUUGCCCUGGCUGCCGUUUAUGCCCCAUUCAUCGUCCUGCGAGCACGGAAAUUUGCCCUCCUUUACACCCUGGGAAGCCUGUUCACAAUAAGCAGUUUCUCCCUCCUGUGGGGCCCCUGGUACCACAUCAAGCAUCUGUUCUCAAAAGACAGGCUGCCGUUCACCGCCAUCUACUUCACGUCCAUGUUCCUAACGCUUUAUUUUUCCCUGGUGAGGCAGGCAACCCUUCCAACAACUCUUUGUGCCAUUUUCCAAAUUAUUGCUCUAUUCUGGUACAUUGUGAGUUACAUUCCAGGCGGCCAGACUGGAUUGAAGUUCUUCUCCAAGCUGUGCAAGGCCGCAGCCAGCAAGACGAUAUCAAGUGCCUUGCCGGUCUAGGACAUCCUCCUCAUCAUCAUCAUCUCAAGACAACUCAGUGGACGGGUCCAGAUUAGGCCCUGCCUCUAGGACAUCCUCCUCCUCAUCAUCAUCUCAAGACAACUCAGUGGACGGGUCCAGAUUAGGCCCUGCCUCUAGGACAUCCUCCUCAUCAUCAUCAUCUCAAGACAACUCAGUGGACGGGUCCAGAUUAGGCCCUGCCUCUAGGACAUCCUCCUCCUCAUCAUCAUCUCAAGACAACUCAGUGGACGGGUCCAGAUUAGGCCCUGCCUCUAGGACAUCCUCCUCCUCAUCAUCAUCUCAAGACAACUCAGUGGACGGGUCCAGAUUAGGCCCUGCCUCUAGGACAUCCUCCUCAUCAUCAUCAUCUCAAGACAACUCAGUGGACGGGUCCAGAUUAGGCCCUGCCUCUAGGACAUC